GCGGAGGCUCGAGGCCGGCGUCGCCGUUGACGGGGGAGCGUGGGCCGUGGUGCGGCGGGUGACCACGUCCGUCGGCGUUCCUCUGGGCUCCGGGCCGAAGGCACUGUGUGCGGAGGACGCGGCGGCGGCACCCGCGAGGCCGGAGGUGGAAGCAGGGCCCGGGCAUGGUGGUCCGAGGCAAAGCGGAAGAAGCUCCACCAUGAGACGAGGUGGAUGGAGGAAGCGAGCUGAAAAUGAUGGCUGGGAAAAAUGGGGUGGAUAUAUGGCUGCCAAGGUCCAGAAAUUGGAUGAACAGUUUCGAUCAGAUGCUGCUAAGCAAAAGGAUGGGACUUCAUCCGAGAUUUUUAGUGGAGUUGCCAUUUAUGUUAAUGGAUAUACAGAUCCUUCUGCUGAGGAAUUGAGAAAGUUAAUGAUGUUGCAUGGAGGUCAAUAUCAUGUGUAUUACUCCAGAUCCAAAACAACUCACAUUAUUGCCACAAAUCUUCCUAAUGCCAAAAUCAAAGAAUUGAAGGGGGAGAAAGUAAUUCGACCAGAAUGGAUUGUGGAAAGCAUCAAAGCUGGACGACUCCUGUCCUACAUUCCCUAUCAGCUGUACACCAAGCAGUCCAGUGCACAAAAAGGUCUCAACUUUAAUCCUGUAUGCAAACCUGAGGAUCCCAUGCCAGGUCCAAGUAAUAUAGCCAAACAGCUCAACAACAGGGUAAAUCACAUAAUUAAGAAGAUUGAGACUGAAAAUGAAAUCAAAGUCAAUGGAAUAAACAGUUGGAAUGAAGAAGAUGCAAAUGAUUUUGGUUUUGUGGAUCUGGAACAGACACUUCCAGGAAGGAAGCAAAAUGGAAUUUCACAUUCCAGAGGCAGUACUGCAAUUUUUAAUGGACACACUCAUAGUUCUAAUGGUGCCUUAAAGACACAGGAUUGCUUGAUGCCCGUGGGCAACAGUGUUGCCAGCAGGCUUUCUCCAGACUCUGCCCAGGAGGAGCAGAGGGCUGAGAAUAGUGACACUGACUUCAGAGACUGCAUGCUGCAGCAGUUGCAACAAAGCACCAGAAAUACAGAUGUUUUACGGAGUCCACACAGAACUAAUUCUCUCUUACCACCUUUGCACAGUAACACUAAAAUCAACGGUGCUCACCAUUCUACUGUUCAGGGGCCUUCAAGCACAAAAAGCACUUCUUUAGUACCUACUUAUAGCAAGGCAGCACCUUCAGUGCCAUCCAAGCCUUCAGACUGCAAUUUUAUUUCAGAUUUCUAUUCUCAUUCAAGACUGCAUCACAUAUCUACAUGGAAGUGUGAAUUGACUGAGUUUGUCAAUACCCUACAAAGACAAAGUAGUGGCAUAUUUCCAGGAAGGGAAAAGUUAAAAAAAAUGAAAACAUGCAGGUCUGCCCUUGUUGUAACUGACACAGGAGAUCCAUCAGUGUUGAACUCACCUAGACAUCAGAGCUGUAUAAUGCAUGUAGAUAUGGAUUGCUUCUUUGUGUCAGUGGGUAUACGAAAUAGACCAGAUCUCAAAGGCAAACCAGUAGCUGUUACAAGUAACAGAGGCACAGGAAGGGCACCUUUACGUCCUGGCGCUAACCCCCAGCUGGAGUGGCAGUAUUACCAGAAUAAAAUCCAGAAAGGCAAAGCAGCAGAUAUACCAGAUUUAUCAAUGUGGGAGAAUCAAGAUUCUGCACAAACAAAUGGAAUUGAUUCUGUUUUGUCAAAGGCUGAAAUUGCUUCUUGUAGUUAUGAAGCCAGACAAGUUGGCAUUAAGAAUGGAAUGUUUUUUGGACAUGCUAAACAGCUCUGUCCUAAUCUUCAAGCCGUUCCAUAUGAUUUUCAUGCAUAUAAAGAAGUUGCACAAACAAUGUAUGAAACAUUGGCAAGCUAUACUCAUAAUAUUGAAGCUGUCAGUUGUGAUGAAGCACUGGUGGACAUCACUGAAAUUCUUGCGGAGACCAGACUUACUCCUGAUGAAUUUGCAAAUGCUGUGCGAAUGGAAAUCAAAGACAAGACUAAAUGUGCUGCUUCUGUUGGAAUUGGUUCUAAUAUUCUCUUGGCUAGAAUGGCAACAAGAAAAGCAAAACCAGAUGGGCAGUACCAUCUACAACCAGAUGAAGUGGAUGAUUUUAUCCGAGGCCAGCUAGUUAUUAAUCUACCAGGAGUUGGACGUUCAAUGGAAUCGAAGUUAACAGCUUUGGGAAUUAGAACUUGUGGAGACUUGCAGUACAUGACCAUGGCAAAACUUCAAAAAGAAUUUGGUCCCAAAACUGGUCAGAUGCUUUAUAGGUUCUGCCGUGGUUUGGAUGAUAGACCAGUUCGAACAGAAAAGGAAAGAAAAUCCAUUUCAGCUGAAAUCAACUAUGGAAUAAGGUUUACUCAGCCAAAAGAGGCAGAAGCUUUCCUUUUGAGUCUUUCAGAAGAAAUUCAAAGACGACUCGAAGCUGCUGGCAUGAAGGGUAAACGUCUGACUCUCAAAAUCAUGGUACGAAAACCAGGGGCUCCUGUAGAAACUGCAAAAUUUGGAGGUCAUGGAAUUUGUGAUAACAUUGCCAGGACUGUAACUCUUGACCAGGCAACCGAUAGUGCAAAAAUCAUUGGGAAGGCUACUCUAAACAUGUUUCAUACAAUGAAGCUAAACAUAUCAGAUAUGAGAGGGGUUGGGAUUCAAAUGAACCAGUUGACUCCAGCUAAUCCAAACACUUCCACAUGUUCCAGUCGCCCAUCAGUUCAGUCAAGCCACUUCUCUGGUGGGUCACACACUGUCCGGGAUCUUUUUCAAGCUCAGAAAGCGAAGAAAACCACAGAAGAACAGCAUAAGGAAGUAUUUAUGGCUACAGUGGAUCUGGAAAUACCACCUGCCUCUAGAAAUUGCACAUUCUUACCAUCUUUUUCUACACAUCUGACAACUAACGUUAGUGCUGACAAUAACAAAGUUGAGUCUACAAGGAAAUGGAAUGGUCUGCAUUCUCCUAUCAGUGUACAAUCAAGACUUAAUCUAAGUAUAGAGAUCCCAUCCCCUUCCCAGCUUGAUGAAUCUGUUUUAGAAGCACUUCCUCCUGAUCUUCGAGAACAAAUUAAACAAGUUUGUGCUAUUCAAGGAGAACCACACGGUGACAAAAAGAAAGAACCAGUAAAUGGCUGUAAUACAGGAAUUGUGCCUCAACCAAUUGGGACAGUUUUGUUGCAAAUGCCUCAAGAAUCUAUUAGUGAUACAGGAAUAAAUGUUAUUGCCCUCCCAGCAUUUUCACAGGUGGACCCUGAGGUGUUUGCUGCUCUUCCUGCUGAGCUUCAAAAGGAGCUAAAAGCAGCUUAUGAUCAAAGACAAAGGCAGGGAGAAGCCACCUCUCACCAGCAUUCAGCCAGUACAUCUGUGCCAAAGAAUCCUUUACUUCAACUAAAACCAGCAGCCGUGAAAGACAAGAAAAAGAAGAAAAAAAAACCCAUCAGUUCCCCCCAAAAGAUUCAGAGUCCUUUGAAAGCCAAGCUACUUAUCAGCCCUGCAAAAAUUCUACCCGGGGCCUAUGGGAGCCCCCAGAAGUUAAUAGAUGGAUUCCUCAAACACGAAGGACCUGCUGCUGAGAAACCUAUGGAAGAACUCUCUGCUUCCACUUCCGGUGUGCCAGGCCUUUAUAGCUUGCAGCCUGAUCAAUCCAGCUGUGUUAGACAUGUAGCACCUAAUUUAGCUGGAGCUGUUGAAUUCAAUGAUGUGAAGACCUUGCUCAAAGAAUGGAUAACGACAAUCUCAGAUCCAAUGGAAGAAGACAUUCUGCAAGUUGUAAAAUACUGUACUGACCUUAUUGAGGAAAAAGAUUUGGAAAAGUUGGAUUUAGUUAUAAAAUACAUGAAAAGGUUGAUGCAGCAAUCGGUUGAAUCAGUUUGGAAUAUGGCAUUUGACUUUAUUCUUGACAAUGUUCAGGUGGUUUUACAACAAACUUAUGGAAGCACAUUAAAAGUUACAUAAAUAUUACCAGGGAGCCUGGUGCCCUCUGCUAGCUGUGCCAUAAGUGCUUGUGAGGUAUUUGCAAAGUGCAUGAUAGUAAUGCUCAUUUUUUUAAAGUUUCUUUUUCAGCAAGUGUUUUUGUACAUUUUCUUUCAAAAAAGUGCCAAAAUUGUCAGUAUUGCAUGUAAAUAAUUAUGUUAAUUCUUUUACUGUAGCAUAGAUUCUAUUUACAAAAUGUUUGUUUAUAAAGUUUUAUGGAUUUUUACAGUGAAGUGUUUACAGUUGUUUAAUAAAAAACUGUAUGUAUAUUUUG